AUGGCUUCGAAUUUCAUGUCUCGCCUCAUGAGCUCUAAUAAUCCCUCCGCCUCCAUCUAUGAAACGUUGCGGGAACAAGACGAGGACUCAGAGGGCUUGGACGUUGAGGAGACAGCAGCCAUGGCCCCAGAUGGUGGCAAUCGAAGGGACAGCUUCACCGACCGAGCCUCAGACGACUUCAGAGCGCAGCCUCAUCGAAGAGACGACCUACCACCGAGUCAGCUUGGCACACGGGGUCCGGGCCAUAGCCAGAUCCCUCGAAAAGACAAGAGCAGGAUGCAGAACAGGUCACGGCGGCCUGGCAGACACAGCAAGCUGUUGGACGUGGAAGAGGCAGAUGACGAUGUGCCGGCGUCGUUACUCAUCGACCACAACGCUCAGGACAUUGACCCAGACUCCAUCACCCUGCCUCCACCACCCAGCUCGAUGCCUGAUGGUCUUCCACAACGAGACGAUGCAGGACCCUCAACUAUGGCUCGGGGUUCUAACGCGAGACGCCGGCCUGGUCCCCAGCCGAGCAGCCAGAACCCUUCGAGAGCACAGCCGGUCAAUGGAAUUGUGGGCGGCAAUCUUGCGAGCGCGGACCCCAAGGAGAAAGCCAUGUUCCGCUGGGUCAACGUGACGGACCUGGACAACUUCCUGCUCGAAGUGUAUACCUACUACCUCCACCACGGAUUCUGGUCCACCCUUCUCAUGCGAUUCUUCAAUCUUCUUAAUGUUGCCUUCGUUGUGGGCUUCUCUGUUUUUUUGACCCAAUGCAUCGACUACCGGGAAAUACGAGGGAGCACCAAAAUGUCCGAGAUCCUUGUCCCGCAGUGUACAAGAAGGAUGGGAUUCAUCCCGAAUGCAUUGCUCUGGUGUACCACGUUUGUGUGGCUUUGGAAAGGCGUUCUGUACCUUUUCGACAUCCCCCGUUUGUACCACAUGCACGAUUUCUACUUCUACCUCCUCGAUAUUCCGGAGCAAGAGAUCCAGUCCAUCUCGUGGCAAGAGGUCGUCAGCCGACUCAUGGCGCUACGUGAUUCCAACCCGACCAUCACAUCCAAGUCGACGCGGCCCGGCGCCUUCGUCAAGACCCAGGACAAGCAGCGCAUGGACGCCCACGACAUCGCCAACAGGCUCAUGCGCCGACAGAACUACAUGAUCGCCAUGAUCAACAAGGACAUCCUGGACCUGACGCUACCGGUGCCGUACUUGCGUCACCGCAAACUCUUCACCCGCACCCUGGAAUGGAACAUCGAUCUCUGCAUCAUGGACUUUGUCUUCAACCGGAAAGGCCAAGUCCGGCCCCUCUUCCUGAAGGAUACGCAUCGCAAAGACUUGGCCAAUGCCCUACGGUCGCGCUUCAUUAUUGCCGGCAUCACGAGCCUGGCCUUUGCACCUUUCCUCGCCACCUUUUUCGUGCUCCGGCAUUUCUUCCAGAACUUCAACGACUACCAGAAGAACCCGGCCCAGAUCGGCAUGAGGGACUACACGCCCUUUGCGCAGUGGAAAUUUCGCGAGUUCAACGAGUUGCAUCACCUGUUCCGCCGGCGGAUCAACAUGUCGUACCCCUUUGCGGACCGGUACAUCAACCAGUUUCCCAAGGACAAAACCGUCCAGAUUGCGCGGUUUGUCAGUCUAAUAUCUGGGGCCGUCGUCUCGGUGCUCGGUCUGGCCACAAUUCUAGAUCAGGACAAUUUUCUGAACUUCGAGGUCACGCCCGGCCGCACGACCAUCUUCUACAUUGGCAUCUUUGGCUCGAUCUGGGCGGUGGCGCGCGGUCUGUUGCCCGAAGACAAUAUGGUUUACGACACGGCCUUCUCCGUCCAAGAAGUCAUCCAGUUCACCCACUACGAGCCGAAUCACUGGGCCAAUCGCCUACAUACCGUUGAGGUCAAGGAGGAAUUCUCCCAGCUCUACCAGAUGAAGGUGAUGAUCUUCCUGGAGGAGGUGCUGAGCAUCUUCUUCACGCCUUUUGUGCUCUGGUUCUCUCUGCCUCGGUGCAGUGAGCGCAUCAUUGAUUUCUUCCGCGAGUUCACCGUACAUGUCGAUGGGAUUGGCUAUGUUUGCACGUUCGCCGAGUUCAGCUUCAUGGGUCAGGCCAUCAGACCAGCUCCUAAGGAGAGAGGGGCCGUGAAUGCUGAUGGCACGGUUGCUGCUGCCACGGCGAAUAAUGCCAACGCCAACGCCAACGCCAAUUCGAAGACCAAUCCUACAAACACGAAUCUAAGGGACGAUUAUUUCGCUUCCAAGGACAACAAACUCGAGCACAGCUACUGGGGCUUUAUGAACGACUACGCUCGCAAUCCCAAGACAGACAUCCACUUCCCGUACAACAGCUCUCGCCGGCGCUUCAACUUCCCGCCUCCAGUCCCUGGACUCCCGUCACCGUCCUUCCCACCUCAUGCAGAGCACACAGGGCAACAACCGCAGCUGCUCCGCCACGGCAGUUCAGGUCCUCUCAUGGGUUCAUUGGCCUCUCCGCCUCCUCAACGUGGGACUUUCGGCACCCCGAGAUUUAACGCUCUGGCUCAGAACCACGGCGCGAGUCAAGGCCACGGAGCACCAUCACCGCUCCAGUCUCUGCUUCUUGACCCGCAUCACCAGCCAUCAGCAAGUGGCUUUGGGCCAACGUCGCCUCAAGCGCUAAGGCCCCGUGGUGUCGGUGUCGGUGUUGGCAGCUUACUCGCCAAACCUCCCCGUCGCACUACUGUACCCGCCGACCGUGCCCGCGAACUCCACCCCGACGACGUCGCGGAAGAGGAAGACCAGCCUCCAAAGGAUUUGCAGGCACGGGCGACGUCAAUUGUAGACCGUCCUAUUUCAGCCACACAAGCGCAAAGGUCUUCUUCGGCUCCCCACUCCCAUUCCCAGUCGGGUGAACUGGGAUCCUGGAACUACGAGGUCGAUUCCUCCUCCGGUGCGGACAGCGAGGAAGAAAACGAACGGGACGUACGCGCCGUGAUGGCGCCGAUGGGGCCCUUGGGUCUGAUCAGGCAGUUUCAGAAGGCGCAGGCUCAGGAGAGGAACGGCGGGCUGGGCAGGAUUGGCGGCGAGGUAUAA